AUGUUUUCUUACUGCCUAUUUCUCGUCUUGUUUUUGAGCAGAGCAUCGAUUUCAUCGCCACUGAAAUACCUUGACAAACGUGACCUGCCAGCUUUCGUCUGCCAAUAUGGUAAAUCUCUGUCUCUAUACUCUCUUCUGAAAUCUGGAGAGGAGCUGACAAAGUCUAUUCCAGCGCCGGUGGCAUACCUUGACUCCUCAGAGAUCUACUUCCCCAGCUCUAUCGCUGAUCAAGUAACGCACACACAUCCCGAAGAUGGCUCAGGAAACGACAUCGCUGGUGCUCCCACACCCCUGACUCUCGACAAUCUCAACAGUCUCAAUAACUUUGCCUCCUCCGGUACGGACGUUUACCUCACAUCCAAUGAAGGCAUCGAGGCUCUCCCGUCUUGGUUCCGAGGUGUCGAGCCUGAUGCCUCUGGCUCAACAGGCCCCUCUGUUGCGAGCCUCAUCGUCACCGUCUCCAAACCGAACAACAUCCUCGACGCAUUCUAUUUUUACUUCUAUGCCUACAACCAAGGAAACUGGGUUUUGGGCCUCCCCGCUCUCGAGUUUGGGGACCAUGUCGGUGAUUGGGAGCACACGAUGGUCCGCUUCGUCAACGGCGCGCCCACGGCCAUGUGGUUCAGCCAGCACAGUUCCGGGGAGGCCUUCACCUACUCCGCCGUGCAGAAGUACAACAACGGCGACCGACCGGUGGUGUACGUGGCGAACGGCACGCACGCCAACUACGCCACGCCGGGGACGCACGACCACACGAUCCCGGGCCUCAACCUCCCCGCGGGCCCGCUGGAGGACCACACCGACGCCGGCGUCUUCUGGGACCCCCUCGCGACCGCGUACGCCUACAGCUACGACACCGCGACCGGCGUCUUCGCCGCGUACAACGCCCGCGAUCCCACCGCCUACCUAGACUUUGCGGGCCAGUGGGGCGACAACCAGCUUCCCGACAGCACGCCGGGCCAGAUUGACAUCUUCGGCGAGCGCAAAUACGUCGCCGGUCCCACCGGGCCCAGGGACAAAGAUCUGGCCAGGUCGAACGUCUGUCCUGGCACCCAGAGCUGCUCGGUUUCGAGUAUUCUCCUCCCUUGA